AUGCACACUUACAUCAUCACACCUCUCAGCACACCUACUGUCGCACCCACAUCGUCAACCUCUCUCUCCCCCCUCCAAACACCACCACCACCACCACCACCAAUUUCACAACCUAACAAGCUUUUCAUCGGACUCUCUCUAAUUAUCCUCUGCUUGGUAGUAUCAUUCGUGCUUUAUAAAGUGUUAUGUCGCUAUAUCCAGGGUCCGAACCUGACUCGGGGUGGUUAUGUUCGGGGUUGUGGUUAUGGCGAGGAGGAGGAGAUGGGUGAAGAUGAGAAACAGGAUGAAGAUGGAGAAGAGGAGAUGGAGAUGCGUGUGAUGAGGUGGAGGGAUGGUGUUAGUGUUGGAGGGGGAGGGGGGUAUGGGACGUUUGCUUGA